AUGUAUUCACGUCCUGCAGCUCGUUUAAUUGGAACUUUUGCACGUCGUUCAUUUACAAGUCAAGCACGUAAUAAUGGUCGACAACAAUAUCAAUGGUCUCGAGCAAGAUGGAAUUAUGGUAGUGCAGCAGGUACUGGAGUAGCUGCUAUUACAUUAUCAGGUGGUAUUGCAUUUGUUUUACAUGCAUCAACUGCACCACAAGAUAAAAAAUUAGCAACACCAUCAAAAGUUGAUUAUAAUGAAGUACGAAAAUCAGUUGCUGCGUUACUUGAUGAUGCUAAUUUUGAUGAUGGAAGUUAUGGACCUUUAUUUGUACGAUUAGGUUGGCAUGCAAGUGGAACUUAUUCACAUCUUGAUUCAACUGGUGGAUCCAAUGGAGGAUGUAUGCGAUUUGAACCUGAAAGUGGUUGGGGUGCUAAUAAAGGAUUACAUUUGGCACGAGAACGUUUAGAAGCUGUUUAUCGUGCACAUCCAGGUUUAACUUAUGCUGAUUUAUAUACAUUAGCUGCUGUUGUUGCAAUUGAAGAAAUGGGUGGUCCACAAAUAAAAUGGCGUCCAGGUAGAAAUGAUCAUAAAGAUGGUAAAAAAUCUCCUGCUGAUGGUCGAUUACCUGAUGCUGCACAAGGUGCACAACAUAUUCGAGAUAUAUUUUAUCGAAUGGGUUUUAAUGAUCAAGAAAUAGUUGCUUUAAUUGGUGCACAUUCAUUAGGAAGAUGUCAUACAGAUCGAAGUGGUUAUGAUGGACCAUGGACAUUUGCUCCAACAACAUUUUCUAAUGAAUUUUUUCGUCUUUUAUUAGAAGAAAAAUGGAAUUUACGUCGUUGGAAUGGUCCAAAACAAUAUGAAGAUACAAAAACAAAAACAUUAAUGAUGUUACCAGCUGAUAUGGCUUUAAUUGAAGAUCCGGAAUUUCGAAAAUAUGUUGUUGUAUAUGCUAAAGAUGGAGAUAAAUUUGCUAAAGAUUUUGCAAGUGCUUUUGAAAAAUUAUUAGAAUUAGGUAUUGAUUUUAAAACAACUGAUGGAAGUACUCAUGGAAAAAAUGAAUCAUUGUGGAAGAGAAUUUUUGGUUAA